GCUCAUCAGCCGAUAACAUCUCGCUAAGAUGUCGCUCCGCCACGUCCAAGGUUUUCUUCGCAAGGCUCCUCUCACGAUGCAUCUACUCCGCAUGAAAACGCUGACAUCUCGUUUUCCGGCGGUGGCAGUUUCCAAAGGACCUUUUCACGAGAAAGUCAUGGACGCAAUGCGUGAACAUGCGGAAAAUCCCAGCAAAAUAGCUCUGAUCUGCGGUGAUGGUAGAGCUGAGAAUUUGACGUACAAAGAGCUACUGUAUCAGACUGAAGCGGCAGCAUCAUAUCUUUUUAGAGGAGGGUUCGGGCGCGAUGAGGUAGCAUGCUUAGUGAUGUCCAAUUCUCCAGCUUUUGUGAUAUCACAUCUGGCAGUGAUGAAAUGUGGUGGAGUGGUCACAACUACCGACACCUCCGUUUCAGCAGAAGAUCUAGAGCAGCAAAUAUCAGAGACAGAAGCUUCUGUAGUUUUUACCGACGAAGAAGCGUUAGACACGGUCCUACCAUUAGCCCAGAAGUAUGAUCUGAAGAAGGUAAUCUGCGUGAGAAGCCCCUGUGCAACUGGGCCUUUGCCUGAUGGAGUAAUCAAUUUUCAAAAACUUGUGCUUGGACCUGCUAGUGAAAUAAUUCCUAGCGAGGAUUACAACUCAACAGACAUAGCCUUGGUUCCAUAUGAUACUGCGGCCAAUGGUCUGCUGGUUGGGUCAAUGCUCACUCAUGAAAGCGUUUCGACUGCUGCUGACAUUUACAAAAAGUGUAUGCACAACAUGAUGGGCCACAAGAAUUACCAUGACAUUUCUCAAGAGCAACUGUUAUUCUGCUCAUCUUUAGCCAAUAUAUUUGGCCUCUUGUGCAUGGAUAUAGCAUUGAUAUUGGGGUUCACUUCCGUGAUUCUGAAAGAUUACGCGCACACUGCCUUCCUCAAUGCAUUGCAUUGUUACAGGCCCCGCUUGCUGAUAGCUGAGCCAAAAGCUAUUGUGGCGGCUCUGAAACAGCCGGUACCCGAAGAUUUCAAUAUCUCAUCGCUCGAGUAUGUUCUCUGCAGUGGACCAGUCGUGGGCAAAAGUGUUCGACAAGAUUUCCUUGAGAGAUUCCCAUCUGUGAAGUACAUGUCUGAUGGAGCAGGGCAGAUCAGUGGCGCGCCAGCUGCGCUGAUUCCCAAUGUUGCGAAUAAGGACUGCUCUGAGUAUGGUAAUUGUGUUGUGGGUACAAGUGAAACUAAGGUGGUGUGCGCAGGAAAAGAGUUAGAGGAGAACGAACUGGGAGAAAUCUACGUUCGCGGUCCAACAGUCAUGCAAGGUUAUGUUGACGAUGGAGAACCUAUUGAUGCGGAUGGAUGGUUCCAUACAGGCGAAGUUGGUCAUUUUGACCAGCAUGACAACAUAUUUGUGGAUGGUCGUUUGGACGAUUUUAUCAAUGUGUGCGGAAAUCAGGUGUGCCUGAACGAGAUUGAAGACGCGCUUCUCUGUCAUCCCGCUAUUCUAGACGCAGCGGUAGUAGGAACUGAAGAUCAGGAGACUGUGAGCGCUUUCGUUGUACCAUUCGAUGAUGCACUCACCACUGACGAUGUUAAAUUGUACAUAAAAGAUCGUGUAAAGGAAAGCUAUAAGCAACUAAAUGGCGGGAUUGAAUUUAUCGAGAAGAUUCCUCGUUCACCCUAUGGGCAUGUGCUGCGCGAUGAACUUGCAAGUAGGAUUUCACGCAGAGUAAAGGAGAAAGAAGUGGAAGUAGAAAUGAACAGUGAAUGAUUUAAUUUGUGUUAAUGUUGAGUCCAGGUUUCGUUCAAGUUUUUUCUCAAUAAAUUUGCAA